AUGUGGAAGAAUCUGACGGAACUUGCGGUGGCAUAUGGACAUAUCGGUUUCUCACUGGUAAUCGAAGGCGGCGUUGGCCACUUUGACUCGAAGCUUUCGCUGGCGAAGGCAGUGGAUAAGGAGGAGCUGGACGAGGAGUUUGGCGGGAGGUUAAUGGAAAUGGUGAGGGCGAGGGUGCAGACGGUAUUGGGGGUUUCUGGCUCACAAGGGGAGAGGGUUCAAUCGACUGAUUGA